AUGUCCCUCAAAGCUGAAUUGGUGAAUAUAAAGGUUGAAUUAGAUUCUAAGAUCAAUGAGCUUGAGCAUCUAAAAUCAGAAGAUAUUUCGGUAUCUGUGGUUGGUGGAGAUAGUGAAAAAAAUAUAUCAAAGUCUAGACCCAAAGGUCAAUAUUUUGCAUACAAAAAAAUUAUGAAUGAAGUUAAAAAAAUUAGCACUGAUAUACCGACUCAUACUAAUAAUAAAAUUGUUCCAAUAUUAGAAUCUUUAAAAAUCGAUACUGAGGUUACUUCUAAGAUAAGUGAUAAAACUAUUAUUAACGAAAAUAAUAAAGAUAAUAUAUUACAACCAAUCAAUGCAGAAAACCAAUUUCAAGAAAUAAAGAAUGUGACUCCGAUUAGAUCUCAUAAUAUUACAAUAAGAAAGAGUGAGGAAUUACCUAUUAUAGCAUUAGGUGCUAGCAUGGUUAAUAAGUAUCAAACUACUCCUAUUAAGCAAAUUUUUUGCCCAACCCCACCUUCUUGUUCUUUGAACUCGAAGCCAGAUUAUACCCACAGUAUGACCACCUCUGAAAACAGAGUUAUGAAUUCCCAAUCCACUAUGCAAAAAAAUUCAAAAAUACCUCUUAUGAAACUUUUCUUUAUGGAUAUUGAUGAGGCUACAAAGCAUGCUUCAUCAUGCUAUAUUGGGCAUCUAGCAAUAAAUCUUGUUCUUAAUGACAAAGCUGAAUAUAUAUAUAAAAAGAAAAAGAGUGGAUCUAGAUAUAUAUGGUGUGAUGAUUUGAUAGUUUGUGGAUACCAUCCUGAUGAACCAAAAUGGGCUUUUGUUAAUAUAUAUUUAUGUGUUGCCCCUGAGUCUAUACAAAAUCAAAUUAUCCCAUUUUUUACACAUGGACAUCAUCAGAAUAUUUUACUUAUAUUUACUACGCAAAAAUACCAUUAUGUCCCAAUGAUCAUACGUGAGAAUCUUUUUCAUAUAUUAUUGUUUAACAGUGAUAGUUCUCCUCAAGAUGUUUCCAAAAUUGUUGAUCAGUAUACUGAUGAUGUAAAAAGUGCAUCAAUGGUCAUUAAUAGCUAUCUUUACAAGAGUGAGUUUAUUUUAUUUGACCUUAAUAAAGCAGAGGACGAUCCACUUGCAAUCCGGUUGAGGUUCAAUACCCUAUUAGAUUUGUAG